AUGGACAUAAAACAACUGGAAAGAAAAUCAUUGUCAGAAUCAGGAAGUGACCAGAAUAUCAUCAGCGUAAGCUCAGAGUAUGUUGCUAUUGCAGAUGGAUCAACAAUUUCUGUGCAGUGUUUAGACGUUACAAAAAGGGAGCUACAACUGAUCGGACAUACACAUACAAUAACCCAGUUGCACUUUUCAGCUUCAAAUAUCUUGCUCUCGACAUCAUCUGACUCGCUCCUCUCGUGGAAUCUUUCUGAAGCUAGGGCUGCUAUAAACGCUGGCAAGAAACCCCUUCCAGUUUAUGUGGGAGUGGGAUUGGGAUCAGCUGCUUUCAUUGCUACAAUCACCAACAUUAUCAUCUUAGCAGUGAAGUGUGAUAUCAUGAUAUUGGAUACAGCUGCAGGAACCACACGGUUUCUCGAGGGCCAUGCAGCAGAUGUUGUGUACUGUCACAUGGUCAACUCAACUCGCAUCAUUACCUUAUCCAGCGACAAUUGCCUCAAAGUGUGGUGUCUGUUGGAGAAGCGAGCAAUAACCCAAUUCCAGCUACUCUCCUCAGCUCCCUUCACUUCUGCCUAUUUUGAUAUUGACACCCUCUACCUUGGCUCAGCAGAUGGUAUGCUACAUGUUUAUGAGCCAAACAGUGGGACACGUCUUAAACGGAUCAACGUGGAGAAUUAUCUCCCAAAUUUAGACACAUCACCAUCGCCGGAAGGAGAUGACAAUGUUAUAUAUGCUCAACCUCAGAGUAAGUUCCUCACACAGAACGAGUCUUAUUCACCAGCCGAUGGUAGUGUUGUUAACAACUCUGUUCUGGCUAUCUUUAAAGUGGUUAACAAAAGUGAUCAGACCAUGACGGAAUGUAUUUCCACGUUUGGGACUGAUGCUCCUGUUCUGGAGAUGAACAUUGAAAACGUUUUAAUCAUCGUUUUGACAAGUGGAAUUGUUCAGCUAAACAGCCUGUCUUUACAACUUUUAACCUCUAUUUCCUUCCUGCACAACGCACCCUCCCUCCCAUUCGCUUACUCGGUACAAUGUUUUCUGCUCGCUUCCAAUCCUAUUCUAGCAUAUGCUGACUUGUUCAACACCGAGCUGACAGUUCUAGAGCUAAGGAAGUUGUCCUCCAAUCAGGAGAGUAAUGUUUCAAUGGUACAGAAAUGUCUGUUGACUACCACAACUCCCUUACUAAAUCUUUCCCAAUGGAAGAAGCCUGUUGAAACUGCCCCUGUUAUCAAAGGAACAGAGAAGAAAAAAUCAAAAGCAAAAUCCUCCGGUUACACAGCUAAACCACGUCAGCAAAUGUUCAAACCUGUUACCAAUUCUAAAACCAAGAAAACCGAAGUGAAGAAGGCCCCAAAGAAAGACCCCUAUGUGUACCCAAGCAGUGAGUGUAGACCCAAGUUUGAGAAAAACAAGUUAUCAGUUUCAGACCGACUCUCUCCUGUGCAAGCACUCGCCUACUCCCGUGAAUCAGAUAUGAUAGCAGUGGGACUGGCGGACUACAGUGGAGUUGUGUUACGUUUACCCUCGGGUAGCAAGUCAGUCCCCUUGGUGGGACAUAAGGGACCUCUCACAUCAGUAAAGUGGAGUACUCUCGCAAGUCAGGUGAUUACCACUGCUGCUGACAGGUCGUGCAAAGUGUGGGAUGUUACCAGCGGGUACAUGAUCAUUGAUGUGAAGUACAGAGAUGGGAACACUAAAAACUGCGAGAAAAUAGAAUUUAAAAAGGACACAGUGGGUGGGCACUUUUACUACAUUGACAAGUUUAUACUGUUAGCACACUCAAACGAGUUGCUGCUGUACAAACACCAUGUUGAGAAACCCAAGAACUCUAAGAGAGUACUGGGUCGUUAUCAGAACAUUUGCACCAGCGCACUGUCCCACACUAUCACCGCUCUGAGCUGCUGUAACUCCUUCUACUCUACCCUUGUGGUCUGCGGGCUCAGUGACAAAUCUAUCUCUAUCUACGACUACAACCAAGAGGUUGAAGCAAUGAGGAUCCCAGAUGCGCACUCUCGCGCACCUCACCACGUGAUGACAGUGGACGGUUCUAAGUACGUGCCCCACAGCUCUGAGACUCACAAUCUGAUCAUGAGUUGCAGUGUACAGGACGAUGUUAAACUGUGGGACGUUAGGACUGGACAGUGUGUUAAUUGCUUCAGUAAACCUAACAGAGUUGCCAGUGUCCCCAGUAUAUCCGCCUGUGUCAGGUACCUGGCCAUACCUGGGGAUGACCACGCAGUUCAUUUGUUUGAUAUCAGGGGGGGCGGGGCGGUGAGUAAGGUACAGACUGACAAUGUUUUAACGACCGUGUUCAGUCCUAAGUAUCCACAACUUGCUGUUGGCAGCACUGGUGGUGUGGUCACUUUCUACAAUGAUAGGUGA